AUGGAUUGCGAAGCACUUUGGUCGGGGUAUGGUUUUUGCCUCUUCAUUUUGAUAUGUUCAUCGAUAGUGAUUCUAGCGGUAUUGUCAUUUUCAACACACCGUAAAAACCUUUGCCUGGAAUGCUGCAGUGGUCGUCCAGGACUAUACUCUCCAGUUGACUUGCUACAUCGUGGACCACAUCGACUGAUCUAUGCUGUGAUAUUUGGAGCCAUGUCUGACCAGUUUCUCAACCUAGCACUUAUAGGUGGUGGCAGUGUCUUCAGCACUAUCAUUACAAAUCCAUAUGCGCUAGCCAUAUGUGAUGUAGCUAUUUCUAACGUGCUGUCAGUGCUCUUAGUGUGUCUGCUCUAUGGUCCUCUGUUUGCCUGUGUGAACACACCUCGCCCCCGCCUUGGACACAUCACUGGACUCCUAUACCUCCUCCUGAUAGCAACUUUUGAAACAUAUUCUGGUGUUGUUUACACUCAAUGUGAUGGAGUAACAUACAAUGGAGGACAGAUGACCCUUAUAAUUCUGACUUCCCUACCCUCGUACAUGUUCUAUGUGAUUCUGAUAGCGUGGUUCAUCUAUGAAAUAGUGAACGACGUAGCCAUUGCCAAGAGGGGAAGAGGUAUUCUCUCACACACAAAAAGAUUUCCGGUUUCCUCUGAGACUUGUUGCUCCACUGGUGGUGAUGAUAGUCCUAAUUUCAAGACUGACAGUGUUGUGGAUCCCCGUGGUACUGUUUGCACACAAACUUAUGUGCAAGUUGUUUUUCUGGAGAAUGAUACCGGAGGAAAGUUCCUUUCCAUCACAAACAGGAAUGGUUUCAACUGUUUUCUCGUACUUUGUCUUCUUGUACAAUGGGAUUGUGGGUUUGUGGCGGCCAUAUUCAGAGUCCUGCUCGGUCUCCUGUUUGGGACACUCCUCCUAUUCAGACUGGACCAGAACAUCAUGAUGGACCACUUCAAGUUUGCUGAUCUAGGACACAAGACAUAUCUGGGCUUUCUCUAUCUGGAGCACACCUACAAUAACCCCGUGGCCAACGCCUUUGUGGCCCUAUUGACUGAUGGUGGUGACCAGGAAGACAAAUACUCCCUAAAACGACCGCCUGGAAGGAAUCGUAGGAUCCGCAACCGUUGGCUGGUGGCCUACACUCUGAUGAACAACCCCGGCCUCAUUCCACUGCGGGCCUCACAGAUGGAGGCCCAGCGAGAUGGAGUGGGUCAGGAGGCAGAGCCGGAAAAAAGGGCACUGAAUGAUUAUGAACCCAUUGUGCUCGUUCACUGACAAUGUUAUUCUUUAGAUUCACUCUAGAAACUAAUGGUAGGGUGCGGUACUACACACUGCCAAUGUACAAUGAACUGUUUGUAUACAUUAUGUAGUUCAAAUACAACAGAGAAAAGUACUGCUAUAUAGCCAAGUAAAAAUGUCAAAAUCUGAAUAAAUAAAGAGCAGGGGUGGGAGGGCAUUUUUAACACAGUUACAAGCACAACUGAGGCUGAUACAGUAAACGAAUAGCCCGAGGGAGUUGACAGGUUAUGCAGAAGAAAGGUAGGCCUAUAAUUUUGAACCUGCUAUAUUAUGACUCUGUUCGCAUGCUGCCUUAUCAGCACGAGUACUGCUUCGCUCUUUGUCUGCUAAGUUGCAUUUUUGUACUAAUGGUGCACAAAAAACACAAAAUAAGCAUAUGCGCUAACUGUGGUAUAAACCCCGACAUGAUUAUUAUUAACCGGUGGACGGUUGGUUACGCUGUGUUCGGUGCGCGCCGCUUUCAGACAUAGAUUGCACCUGGUAGAGUGUUUUCUUCUUUAUCAGGGUGUAAAUUUUCUUGAAACAGUGUACACAAUUAUUCUGGUGUGCAACACUAAACUGCAUGAUUAACCCUAUAAGAUGUGUGCUAUAUACAAGGUAUUACAGUAAAAACCCGUCACAGCAGUGUUGCAUAAUAUGAUACUCAGUACUCUGGUGGCUGGUAGUUCUGACCCCCUCCUUCCCGAUCACUGGCAUCAUCAGUACUACCCCCCUCUGGGAAGGAGGCAUAC